UCCUCUUUGAUCUGGGCGUGAGGUUAAAUUAGGGUUUCAGAAAUGGGGUUAAAGGAAGCUGAAAUCCGAUGCUACGAUGGUGAAGCAGAUAGAGCUAGAGUGGAAGACCUUGAACGAAGAUGCGAGGUAGGACCAACGGAGCGAGUGUAUCUCUUCACAGACACUAUGGGUGACCCCAUAUGUAGGAUCCGAAACAGUCCGAUGCACAAGAUGCUGGUGGCCGAGCUGGACAACCAGUUGGUUGGAGUCAUUCAAGGCUCGAUAAAGUGGGUGACGGUUCAUAAUAAACCGCCGCCUGGACAGCAUGAGGCCAAUCUGUCCAGAGUGGGCUACAUCCUCGGCCUGAGGGUGGCACCACUCCAUCGUCAAAAAGGAAUUGGUUCCAGACUGGUGUGUUGUUUAGAGGAUUGGUUCGUAGCCAACGACGUAGAUUACGCAUACAUGGCUACCGAGAAGGACAACGAAGCUUCAGUCAGGCUUUUCAUGGAGAAGUUUGGCUACAUCAAGUUCAGGACACCUGCGAUUCUUGUAAACCCAGUUCGUUACCGGCCUCGCCACGUCUCUUCCGACGUUGAAAUCGCUAAGCUCAAGGUAGAAGAAGCUGAGUUUCUAUACAGAAACUGUAUGGCUUCCACUGAUUUCUUUCCCCAUGACAUAGACAAGGUGCUUGGGAACAAACUGAGCUUGGGGACUUGGGUGGCUUAUCCAAGAGGAGAGUCGUUUUGCAAGUUUGGGUCAAAUGGGGAAGCUAUACCAAAGAGUUGGGCUAUGAUUAGUGUAUGGAACAGCGGUGAGGUUUUCACACUGAGGCUAGGGAAGGCACCACUGUCUUGUCUGUUGUAUGCAAAAAGCUGGAGACUGAUGGAUAGGUUUUUGCCUUGCUUUAAGUUACUGCCUUCCAUGCCUGAUUUUUUCAACCCUUUUGGGUUUUACUUCAUGUAUGGGGUGUACCAUGAAGGACCAUUGUCAGGGAAACUGGUGAGGAAUUUGUGCCACUUUGUGCACAACAUGGCUAAAACUACAACUAAGAACUACUGCUGCAAAGUUGUAGUAACAGAAGUUGGGGGUUGUGACUCGGUACUAAGACAUAACAUCCCACAUUGGAAGUUGCUCUCUUGCUCUGAGGAUUUGUGGUGCAUAAAAGCCAUGAAGAUGAAUGAAGCAGACAGAACCAGCCUUCAUGAAUUGACUAAAACCCAACAAACAAAUAAAGCUCUUUUUGUAGACCCAAGAGAGGUAUGAUCGUAUGAGUGGUGAACAUAUAAUCAACCCAAAGUCUCCUCGGUCUGUCUCACCCUGAAUACCCCGCAGCCUGGUGAGUAUAUUUGUCUAUCGGGAUUGUACAUAAUCAUAUGCUUUCUAGUUUCUACAACUACAUGCCAUGAUUUUUCAUCACGAGUAAACCAUCAAGGGAAAAAGGGGGGUUUGAAUGUCUUGUUCCUAUCAUAUCGGUGACAGGAAAUCUAGAAAGAUUUCCUUAAUUAGGUGCCACCCUCGAAUGUCCUUGU